AUGAGUUUUAUUCGAGAGUUAGGCGCAGCUGAACGAAUCUACUGUCGUGAACAAGCAGAUUAUGGAAAUCAAAUAUUAGUGCAAGUCAUUAUUGCUAAUACGAAGAUAAACAUUGAUGAAUCAACAGCUCGCUCGGCUUUGUUAAGAUUGUAUCAUGACUAUUUUCCAGUGUUCGGCUAUGAAAUAUGCCCUUCAAAUGAUAAAACAACUUUAGUCUACAAAGCAAAGGAUGCACGACAGGCUGAACAAGAUCUCAUGGCAAAUUUCAAAUAUGAACAAGAUGUCGAUUGGCAUGAAGUAUUUGAACGAGAAUUAAACACUCCAUUUGAUGAUACGAAUUUAACUCGUUGGUCGGUUAUUAAUGAACAUAUUCUCAUUAUGUCAUUCUAUCAUGUUCUUGUUGACGCGAAAAAUUUAUUUUCGAUUGGCCGGCAGUAUCUUUCAUUAUGCACUUUAUUACCUGUUCAGAAGGAAACUUCGAAUUUUCUCGAACCUAUGGAAAAAUACCUUUUCAACAAGUAUUCAUUCGAAGCAAUCUCGGAUCUUGAGAUGAAACCAAGACCUAUCCGACCCAAUCCGUUGCUUUCACGAACAGCUGUUCGUCAUUUCUAUCUUCCAAGCAAAAUCCUUUCUUAUCUUAAACAACAGUGCCAUUUACAUACCAUACGUCUGAAUAGCAUCCUAACAAUCAUCACAUCGGCUGCUUAUUAUCUCGCACGCGAUUGCGAGCAAGAGAAAACGAUUAAAAUACAUAUGAUGGUUAAUAUUCGACCUCAUCUUGAACUCAACUAUGAUCAAUCGGGUAUGUUUGCCACUGUUUUUGAUUGUUUCGUCGAACUUGACAAAUACUCGAUCAAUUCAUUGUGGUCUAAAGCAAUUGAACAACAUCAUGAUCUUCAUAAUCGAAUCAAGGAAAAAGAAUACAUAGCUAAUUGUAAAAAUGAUACUGAUCUAUUAAAAAUGAUCCAUAACAAUGAAGAUUUUUCGGUGAAUGAUGUCGAUUUCGCAUUUAGCAAUCUUGGCUCAUUAACAAACACAGUUGCAGAUCAAAUUGAAGAACAUUAUUAUGGUGUUUCACUAAUAGAACAACGUUGGACAAGUUUAAUACUCGUUGGUGUGAGUACAAUAAACAAUCAUCUUUGUUUCACGAUUACAUACAAUAAAAAUUGCAUUUCGAAGGAUUUUAUCGAAAAAUGGAUCGAGAAAAUGUUUUAUUUGAUUGAACAACUAGAAAUCCAAUCGAAAUGA